UCAAAGUUGUGAGAGCGCGAGAGCGCGGCAGUGUGCUCCGGCAGCCGAGCUGAGAGCGCGCGGGGACGGUAACGACGUCUAACCGUUAAAUGGAGGAAACUAACCGACCGGCUGAGGUUCUAAUGAGACCGACGGUUAACCGGAGGAGCAGCUCUUAGGAUUAAACGCCCUUUACUGUUCAUCCCCCCGAGAACCGGACCAGCUCAGACUCAGACAGACACAGCUCGUCUCUGUUUGAGGAGAAGAUGACAGAGAUCAGCGAGAAGGAGAACGAGCCGCAGAACCAGCGGGACUUCCAGCGUUCCCCAGGAACAGUGAGCGGCCAGCCUGAGUCUAAGCUGCAGAAACUGAAGCGUUCCCUUUCCUUCAAGUCCGUUAUGCGAAGUAAAAGUGUUGAUAACUUCUUCCAGCGGGCGAAUAUUGAAGCCCCACCUCCUCCUGACCUCAUUGCUGAGUCUCCGCCCCCUGUGAUGGAAUGCCCCUCCCCACCCUUCUUUCAGGAACGCCCAUUGACCUUUGACCGUUCUCCAUCUUUGUCACCAUCAGUCAGCCCUAAUCCCUCGCUGUCCUCUCGUUCACCCUCUGUAAGCCCCUCCCUCUCCAUCAACUCGAAAGCCCCGCCCCAGUCGCAGCCCCGCCCUCAGAAAACACACUGUUUCCAGGAAUACGUGUUUCGCCGACCAACCAUCUGCCAGCAGUGCAAGCAGGUGAUCACAGGGAACUCGAAACAGGGUUUACGCUGCAAAACCUGUAAAUUAGGAGCUCAUCUCUGGUGUUCUUCUGAGCUUUCCCAGCAAGUAUGCAAUGGCAAGUCAGGGGCUUUCAAACGCAACUUCAGCUCCCCUCUGCUCACCAAUGAUCUGCUUGGGGUCGUUAAGGAGACUCCACCCCCCCAAGAGCAAGUGAAAGCAGUGGAUCCUGUGUAUGAAGCCUUGAAAUACGGAACAUCUCUCGCACACAUGAGCCGCACCAGUUUCGGCAGCAUCACAGAAUCGCCGUGCCACCAGAGUAAUGGAGGAGAGGAGAAGUUAGAAAAUGAGCCGAUUGUUGAAGAGGAGUCACUUCCUGAAUCUGAGGUGGCGUCUCUGGCAGAUAGUGAAAAGGGUGAGACAGAGGACCGGGUCAGUUUAAAGGCCCCCAGACGCAUUGAAGUUCACUCUAUUCACACUUACGUAGCACUGUACAAGUUCCUCCCUCAGGAGAAAAAUGACUUGGAACUACAGCCGGGUGACCGUGUUCAGGUGACGGACGACUCAAACGAGGACUGGUGGAAGGGGAAAAGUCGUGAUAAAGUUGGCUUUUUCCCAGCAAACUUCGUGCAGAGGGUUCGUCCCGGAGAGAGAGUGUGGAGAGUCACUCAGAUGUACCACGGCAGCCGCGAGAAAGGUCAAAUGACCGUGAAAGAGUUGCAGAUCUGUGUGGGUAAAGCAGAAGAGACAGACGGUUUUCUGAAGUUGACCAGUGGAAAGAAGCGUGGCCUGGUGCCCCUGCAGUGCCUAGUGGAGAUAUGAACCAUACUCUUCUUCCUCUACCAAGACUGAGGAACGUCCAGAGAAAUCACACCUCCUCACCUUUCACACCCCAACGGCAGGGACGCACCACACACACACACACACACAUGAACACAAACAUACACAAUUACCUGUGUACACACACACAAAUGCAAAUACACUGAAGAGUGGGAGCACAAGGAUGCUGCUCAGUGCGGACGCGUCUCAGCCUGGAGUGGACGUUUUGGAUGUGUGGAUUGUAGAUACAGUGGAGAGAUGAAGUAGACAGGUGAGGCUUUUAGGAGGCCCAGGUAUUGGCAUAUGAUCGGCUGCUCUGACCUCUGACCUCUCUCACCAACGGAAUGACCUCUGUUGGACCAAUUGCACUGUAUCUGUAUUCCAGUCUGCUGUAUUUAAGUUGGGAGAAUCAUUAUUGUAGCAGAAUAGCCAACUGUAGACGACUAUAUUUCUAAUAUCAGUGUAAUACUGUUCACUGCGUGAGUGGCUGUCUUCAUAAUGCUGUCGUCUGUUUAACAGAGAUGUGGCUAAGCUCUGUUUGGAAAGGAUUUGUUUUUCCUGGACAGGUGGGGUGAAUUCAUUUUACUGCAGAUUGUCAAAUGGAAAAUGUAUAAACAAUUUGCAUAGGAUAAGAAAUCUCAGCAUAAAUGAAAGGAGAUGGGAGCAGCUACUCGAUUUACCCACUGCCAUCUCCUCCAAAACACAUGGCUAAUAUAUAGCUUGUGUAUGUGAGCUAAAUAAAGAGUAUCAGACUCCUCAGUUACCCUGCUGUAACAUGUAACCACUGGCAAAGGGAGGCUAACAAAUCUUCUUAUCUAAUCUGCUGAUAGAAAUAUUACAUUUUUGAUUUAAAUAAAUUUGGCACCAUCCCAUGUUCACAUAGGUAGACUACAGACUACACCAGAGGAUCUCAACCUUUGUCCACCUGUUCAUAAUGAUGAAGCAUUAGGGCCCCAAGGAAACAAAACUUUUUACAUUUUUUUAUGCCAGUCCUUCUUUUUUUGUAGGCACUGAAUAAUGGCCUUUUUGGGCUUUUUCCGGGGAGCAGUGUCACCAACCUUUUUUUUCUUCUAAGAAAUUUAUCUCAGAAUGUAUCUCUGGUUAGCUAGAGAUGUCUAAAUCAGAUACCUGAAGCUGCGUUGUCUCAGGCUAAUGAUGUUUAAUUUGCAUUGAGUUAAUUCUACAGUGUUUUUAUUUGACAUUUUGACAUUUAUGUGGUAAUUAUUAUAUAAUGUUUACAGUUUAAACACAACUAACUUUCUUUUUUCACUACACUACUAGUGCUUCACAAAAAAUCAUAAUAUCAUUGAAGUUCUUUUCUGUUAUUCAGUUCAAAAUGUGAAAACCCAAAAUCAGUGUCUCAGAAAAUUUGAAUAUUAUAUAAGACCAAUCGGUACUUUUGGCAGUGUGGGCAGUGUGCCAAGUCCUGCUGGAAAAUGAAAUCUGCAUCGCCAUAAAAGUUGUCAGCAGAAGGAAGCAUGCUUUUCUGCAGGAUCUGAUGAACUGUUCAGCCCACAUGUGGAUAAGCACAGGAUUAAAAUAAUACAGCUUUAAUAAAUAUUUUCACAGCUUGUUUUACAAAGGUUAAAAUAACCAGAAUUUACAGAGACUACAAUCAUUGAGAAACUACUUUACUCCACCUCCUUCUCUAAAACUAAUCCUUUCUCAACAGGGCUUUAUUUCAAAAAUCUAACAUGGCUGUAAUAGAACGAAAUCUGGAGGACAAUAUAACUAUUUUAUUUCCAUGAUUGUUUCAUUGAUUAUGAACAGCGUUGGUAGUUUUGGAUGAUGUUAAAGAUGCUCGAGAGGUGUAAUGUGAAUAUACAGUCUCAUGCAAAAGUUGGGGCAAAAGGCAUAAAGGUUACACAUUGCUUCAGUAGUUUAAGCAAGAUUAGUCUAUUUAUAUACAGUUUCAAUAUAAUAAAGGAAAAAGAGCUGAAUUAAAGGUGAAGGUUUCGUCACUAUUAAGAAACACCAUCUAUUCAGCAAGUAUCAGCGCUUUACAUUUUGUAAAAGCUGUAGAGUCUUCUUCAGUUCUACCAGAACGACUUCAGAGACAAGGGUGCAAAAUAUUAAUAUUUUUUGUAAAAAUGUAUAUAAAAUUUACAAAUUGAUAUGGACAUAUAAAAAAAGCAACAAUGCAUCUUAUGAUUGGUUAGGAAAUUAAAAUCCGUAGCACGUAGUCUCCUGGUAGAACAUUCACAAGCUUUCAUUGAAAUUUUAUUCUUCUUUGUCAACGGCUUUUAGUUUUAUUAUGUUACAAAGUGAGGAAACACUUUUUAUAGUAUUCCCUCGCUUUGUGGCCAUAAUUAUAUCUUAAAUUAUAUUAUACAAAUUAUAAAUUAUAUCUUUAGCAGUUAAAGCAAGGCAUACACUGUGUGAUUUAAGCUGUUUUUUUAAACUAAGUUUGCCGACUGAUUUCGGGAGCGAUCUGAUUUUUAUUGUGAUCUGCUGACAUUUGAUGUGAUGUGUGAGAGGGGGAAGUGAAGCCUGAGUAACUGCUCAAAACAUGCAGCGAGAGAUUUCACCAAAUAACAGAUUUCUAAGAUGGCACAGUGAAGGCCUGGACUUUUCAGAACGAUGACUGUAAAAUAAAGGUCCAGCUCUUUACUUGUUGAGCUCAGAUUUAUGGAUGGUGCUCCUUUCAUUUUAUUUUCUCUAAAAUUGUUCAUAAAAAAAUACUGCACAAAUCUUGUUUAAAAUGUUGAAGAGAAUGUUUGAUCUUUAUGCCUUUUGGAGAUAAUUUCAUCUUCUACUCCCCUAAUAUUCACAGUAGGGCUGCAACUAAUGAUUAUUUUGGUAGUCAACUAAUCUGUUGAGAAUUUUUCUGAUAAAUCAACAAACAUUUUGCCUCCAUCUCUGCUUCCUGUUGGAAUGGCUUUCUCUAUUAUUUCAAACGAUAGAAACAGCACGUGGAGAACGUGAACGUGGGAUUUAAAUAUCCUUCAAAUGCCCAGAAGAUUUUAAAUGUGAAAUGUUAUUAUAUUAUAUAUUAUAUUUAUUAAGUAAAUAUGUUGUAAUGAUUAGGGUUUGUAACACGUUUUCAAAAAUGUUAUCAAUAAUCAGGGUUCCAUCAUUAAAGAGUAAAUAAAUGUUUUAAUAAACCCCAAACUCAAUAAAAUCUAAAAUACUGAAAUGAAAACCACUAAAAAUCUACAACUUUUUCAUUGAUAAAUGCACAUAACACAAAGAAAUACGUUUCUCCAGUCUUUUAAGAUUUUCCAAAAGUAUCGUCCAAAGAGAACUGGAAAAUUCUCAUGUCUGGUUGAGACAGUCCUUAAAAUAAACUAAACCCUUCUCACCGCUAUCAGAAGCGCACUGCUGCUGUGGCUCAGCCAAUCAGCUCUCCCUUCUGCCCCACCCCUAAACCCAUAAAUCACCAAUAGAUACUAAACCUCCUAAACUACCCUUUCAAAUGAAGCAGGGAAGAAAUAUUCCACAUUUGCUUUAGCUGUAAAGAAGAUUGUGUGAUUGUUGUUGAUGUUUGGAAGAUUUGUCCAUAGGAGUUCUUAGGAAUAAGAGUCCACAAAAGAAAACAAAACAAACAGAACAGAAUAGAAGAACUUUCUGAAAAAAAAAUAAUAAUAAAUAAGUACAAAUUAAUACCAAUAUUUUUCUCACACAAAAGAAAUAAACACCUAAAAACUGAGUUAGGUUAGGGUAGAAAUUACAACUACAAAAAAUGUCUAAUACCAACAGAUAGAAUCUGUUGGUUUUGGGCACAUUUGGUGGAAAUGAAUCUGUACUGAAAAAACUCUCUUGAUUGAAAAAAGAGUUUCUGUUCCCAGCACUAUGUGUAGUGCACUGCAGUUACAAUUUAACAAAUAUGCUACACUAACAUGUGCAUAUACAAUAUAUAUAAUCAACAUUGUUGUUUAUGUUGAUUAACCACUGCAGCCCUAACAGAUAUUUUCACAGUAACAGAUAUUUUGAUCUGGGGUGCUAAAACUUUUGCAUGCCACUGUAUAAUAUAUAACUGUAAAUUCUAUAUGAGCCUUUUUGAUGAGUUGUACUUGUAGGAAAGCAGACAGAGAGCAGGUUCAGUGGGAGUUUAAUAUGUGGGUUUUGUGAUGAUCUCAGUUUACAGCAG